UCACAUGACCCACGCUCGCCGCCAUUUCUUCGUAUAAACAACGGCCGGGACGUUAUCGUGUGUUUCUCGAUCAUUAUCCGCGGUGUAAUUGUGCAGUGACGAUUGAAAAAUGUCCGAAGUCGAAGCAGUAAACACGAAUAAUUCUGUGUCCGAGGAGAACGUACAGAAUGAUAAGGUCACCAAGGGCAAAAAGACGAAGUCUCCGAGACUUUCGACCGCCGACAGGACCAGGGAGGAGGGCGAAGCCAUCGCAAAGAGCUUGGGACCUGAGGUGGAGGGCAGACGCCGGACGCGUUCGGCAGCCAAAGGAGUAGCAGCGACGCCGCCGCCACCCGCAAAGAAAGAACGAAAGAGCACGAGCGGGACAAGAGGUGGGAGAGGCAGACCGAAGAAGGGCGUGGAGGAGACAGACUCGCAAGACGAGACUAAGGAUGAGACCACGACGGUGACGACGGAGGCCGAGGAACCAGCCAAAAAUAACGACGAGGCGAAGAGCGAGACGGACGCGACGGAGAGCAAUUCACACGAGGAGAAAGAGGAGCCGGCCAACAACAACGCGGAGGCCGCCAAAGAGCCGGAGGCGACCGAGAACGGUGCCAAAGAGGACAGUGUCGACGAACCCGCCGCCGCCGCCGCCGACGAGGCGGACAAAAAGGAGGAGACCGCCAAGAGCAACGCGGAGGAGACGGCAAGUCCCGCGACAGCCGACACCCCCGCCGAGUAAAUUAUUAUCUGCGUUUGAAUUUUUUUAUAAAGUAGGUUAAUAAACAAUUAAAGAAAAAUUUUGUAACUGAGAGAGUUAUUUGAAAGAACCUGUUGUAAUAAUUUAUUUGUAUAAUCAUUUUUUUUAUUGCGUUGUACAAUAUGCAAUUUCACGAUAAUCACUGUAACUGGUUCCAUUAUGUGUAGGUUUAGUUAUAGAGGCCAUUUUUUUGUAUAUUUUUGACUAGUGGUGGUUAUCCGGAAAAUGCGAUUUUAUUUACAAAGUAAUAUUUAAGCAGAUAAUGUAGGAAAGUACAUAUGUACGUAUGUACCUGAAUCUCCAUCUCGUGGAUUUUUUUAUCAUCACCUACACUUCUCUUAUAUCAAUAUGUGAAGGAUUUUAUUUAAACAUUCUAUCAUUCUAAUUUCGAAUCAUCACAUGCAACUCAACCAUCUCAUUUAUAUAACUCAUGACUUAUUUGUAUUUUUAUAGAAUUGUAGUAAUAUAUUGUUUUCUGAUUAAAAUAAAACUUAUCUGUUUUGAUUUUAUAUUUAUGUAUCUAAACUGUAUCGGUUUAAUAAGAAAUAAAUUCACAUUAGACAAUU